CCGCAGAAGCCUGCCCGCUGGCCGCCCGCUGCCACUGCGGCAGCCCCGGCGCCUCCUCGGUCGCCCCGCACAGCUGGGAGGAAAGAUGUUCACGGUGCUGACCCGCCAGCCUUGCGAGCACGCAGGCUUCAAGGCCCUGUCCCGCACGCCAGUCGUCAUCGCCUUGGUGGUCUUGAUUUUGAGCGUGGUGGUCCUUGUGGCCAUCACACUCAUCCAGAUUCACCAGAAAGAGGUCCUCCUUCCCGGACUGAAGUAUGGAAUCGUGCUCGAUGCCGGGUCUUCCAGAACCACAGUCUAUGUGUAUCAGUGGCCAGCGGAGAAGGAGAAUAAUACCGGCGUGGUCAGCCAAACCAGCAAAUGCAGUGUGAAAGGCUCUGGGAUCUCCAGCUAUGGGAAAAACCCCCAAGACGCCCCCAAAGCCUUCGAGGAUUGCAUGCAAAAAGUCAAGGAGCAGAUUCCAGCCCACCUGCAGGGAUCCACGCACAUUUACCUGGGCGCCACGGCUGGGAUGCGCUUGCUGAGGUUGCAAAAUGAAACAGCAGCUAAUGAAGUCCUUGCAAGCAUCCAAAACUACUUCAAGUCCCAGCCCUUUGAUUUUAGGGGUGCUCAAAUCAUUUCUGGGCAAGAGGAAGGGAUAUAUGGAUGGAUUACAGCCAACUAUUUAAUGGGAAAUUUCCUGGAGAAGGACCUGUGGCACAUGUGGGUGCAUCCAAAUGGCGUGGAGACCACAGGUGCCCUGGACUUAGGCGGCGCCUCCACCCAGAUAUCCUUCGCGGUGGGAGAGAAGGUGGAGCUGAACACCAGUGACAUCAUAAAGGUGUCCCUGUACGGCUACGUGUACACACUCUACACGCGCAGCUUCCAGUGCUACGGGCGAAACGAGGCCGAGAAGAGGUUUCUGGCCAUGCUCCUUCAGAAUUCCACCACCAGCACCAGCGUCACCAACCCCUGCUACCCUCGGAAUUACUCCACCACCUUCACCGCGGGCCACCUCUUUGGCAGCCUGUGCACGGAGGAGCUGCGGCCUGGAGGUUACGACCCCGAUGACACCAUCACGUUUGAAGGAACCGGGGACCCAUUACUCUGUCGGGUGAAGGUGGCUUCCCUCUUUGCCUUCAGAGCUUGCCACGACCGAGAGAUCUGCUGCUUCGACGGGGUUUAUCAGCCGGGCGUUAAAGGAUCUUUUGUGGCCUUUGCGGGAUUCUUCUACACAGCCAACGCGUUAAACCUCUCGGGCAGCUUUUCCCUGGACGCCUUCAACUCCAGCACCUGGGAUUUCUGCUCACAGGACUGGAGCCAGCUCCCGCUGCUGCUGCCCCGGUUCGAUGAGGUGUACGCCCGCUCCUACUGCUUCUCGGCCCACUAUAUCUACCACUUGCUCGUGAGUGGGUACAAAUUCACCGAGGACACCUGGCCCCAGAUACAUUUUAAAAAAGAGAGGGUAGUAACUAAUCGCUCUCCAUUUACGCAGAUGUCAGAGUAAGAUGCAGGCUUUAGAGCUUGAGGGGUUAAAUAGAAUCUUCUCUCGGAAUGAGCCUCAGGCACUGUGUUUACUGUCAAGAGUCCAGCAUGGGCCAAAGCUGGAACCCCAGCUGCUCCCCGGUGACUGUGCGGUGACGGGGCCUCGGACCUUGCUUUCGGGCAGCGGCAGCCUUGCUGACAUGCCCAUCCAGCACUAUGUUCCCGGGUUCUGGGAGGCUUCUCUGGGUUCAGGAAGAGCUGGUGUAAAGCCUGAAGUAUAUCUGGAGUCAGUCUGUUCGGUAUGAGCUUUGGCUAAUUAGAUGAAACCAAUCAACAUCUGGCAUUAGGCCUGUGACUGGCUAUUUUUACAUCAAUGAAAUUGAAUCAUCUACAAGAAAUAAGGAUGUCUGGGAACAUGUAAGGAUUGUUGUGGGCAUGUCCUCUCCCGGCUUGGCUUCAUGAUCUAAUUAUCAGGAAAGUACAUGAUGAGAAUGGAGAAGGACUUCCCACUGAGCACCCGCUUGGAUGCACACAGAAUUCUAGGUGUCAAGUUCCUUUCCUUUAUUCAUAAAGAAUCUUCUAUCCAGCCAAAUUAGUAUCCGAAUGUGAGGGCCUAAAAAGACUGCAGAAGAUUGGCCGCACAAAGACUGAACAUCAAAACUAUAUUUGGAGGAAGUAAUGAAAUAAGACUAGAAAUAAAUCCAGAUGUUAUAAAAAUAUGUGAAGUAAGAAUAAAUAGUGUUGUGGCUUAAAAUGUAUGUUUUUUUAAAAAUACUAACACCAGAUAAAAAAGGAAAAGAGAAGAAUUCAUCCAUACACCAGAGCAACCCAGAAUUCAAGUAUAGCUAAUAUUCAGUGUGAUGGGGAUGGGGUCAGGGGGGUCAUAGGAUACAGGAACGUAUGAGUGGCCUAAAAUGCUAAUUUUUUAAAGGGAACAUGCACACACACAAUUUAUAAGGCAAGAAAGGAAAAAAAUAAAUAUAGGAAAAAAGCACCAAUUGAAAUUUUUAAAGUAAGGUAUUAGAAGUACAAAUAUAUCAACGAUUACAAUAAUCCAUAAAUGGACCAAACCUACCAGUUAAAAGACAGACCUUGUCAGACCUGAUUUUUAAAAAUCAAAUAUAUGUAAUUUAUAAGAGAAACACUUAGGCUUCACACAUCAGGAUUUGGAAAGAUUGAAAGUUAAAAAAAAAAAGAAAAAGAUUUUCUUUUAAACUGUCAGGCAAACAUCACCCAGAAGAAAAACUGCUGUAGCUAUUUAAUAUCUGAAAACAAUAGUCUUUAAGAUAAAGAGCAUCAUUCACAAUAGAGAGGAUUAUAACAGAAUGACAAAAAGUUCAAUUCAUCAUGAAGAUUGCAAAUUCGAAAUAUUUAUCCAUCUAAUAAAACAACCUAAAAAUGUGCAAACCAAAAAUCGAUUGAAUUUACCAGAACAAACUGACAAAACCCUGUUUCUUAGAAAGUGGCCCUCGGCUUAGCGAACACACACUACCUUCCUUCUUUAGCCGCAGACACUGUACAGCCGGCAGCAGACAAUGGUUCACUGUCAUCAACUCUGCCUCUUCCCACUUGGCCGUGGCGAGGUUGUGGGGACUCGUUCUGCCUUGCCUCUGCGGUGCUGGAGUUAGGGCCCUCGAGCCUUUGGGGGUCCCAGUGACUUGGAUUGUCGCCCAGCCUCUGCAGUGUCUGAACUUGGGCAAGUCCUUUGACCUCUUUUCCAGUGGGUGUUUCCUGCUGGUGGCAGUGGUGUGCCCCGGGUAUGGCAUUCCCACGUCAGCCCCUGUCCUGAGAACUCAACCAUCUCC